CCACACAUAUUGAAAGCAAUACAGAUGGCAGUCAUGAACGUGCUUACACAGACAGCCCGGUUAUUCCUCAUUGUGUGCCCGCUUACUCUCUUGCAAUCCCUUUCUUUGCAAGGCUGAAGUCUUUCAAGUUAAAGCAAGUUCUUAACCUUUGCAAGAUGUAGGUCUCUGGAACGGGGAGAAGAGAUGGAGUGAGUGAGGAAAUCUGAGCGCUGCAGCGUAGAGCCAAGUGACAUGUCGGUUUCCCCAUCUGAUUUCCAUCUCUCUGCAGCCUGCCCUGGGGGUACCGAGAAGCCUUGCAGUGGAUACGGGCAAUGUGAUGGUGAAGGAACACGUGGAGGCACCGGUCUUUGCAUGUGUCAGACUGGCUACGGUGGUCCCUUUUGUUCAGAGUGUGGAGAUGGCUACUAUGAAGCUGCUCGCAAUGACAGUCACCUGGUAUGUGCGGAGUGCUACCGGGCCUGUGGGCGCUGUUCAGGCCCCGAGGAUACCAGCUGUCUGCGCUGCAAGAGAGGCUGGAUGCUGCACAACCAACGAUGCAUUGACAUAGAUGAAUGUGGCACUGACAUGGCACACUGUCGCAACAACCAGUUUUGUGUCAAUACCGAAGGCUCCUAUGAAUGCCAAGAUUGUGCCAAAGCUUGUAUUGGCUGCAUGGGCGCUGGGCCUUCUCGCUGCAAGAAAUGCAACAAGGGCUAUCAGAGAGAUGGUGUCAAAUGCCUUGGUAAGUUCAACUGUCACCCCUUUCUGUGCUAGAGUUCUUAUUGAGGAGUCCUUGGCGCUCU